GAGCUCCCAACACAGCAGAACUGAGAAUUUGUCGUGUGAACAAGAACUGUGGAAGUGUAAAAGGAGGAGAUGAAAUAUUUCUACUAUGUGACAAAGUUCAGAAAGAUGAUAUAGAAGUCAGAUUUGUCUUGGACAACUGGGAGGCCAAAGGUUCCUUCUCACAAGCUGACGUUCACCGUCAAGUUGCAAUUGUGUUCAGAACGCCACCGUUUCUCAAAGACAUCACCGAGCCCGUCACAGUGAAGAUGCAACUGCGAAGACCUUCAGACCAGGAAGUCAGUGAACCUAUGGAUUUCAGAUACCUACCCGAUGAAAAGGAUCCAUAUGGCAACAAAGCAAAAAGGCAAAGAUCAACGUUGGCUUGGCAAAAGCUCAUACAGGACUGUGGAUCAAAUGUGACAGAGAGGCCCAAAGUAGCUCCAUUCCCCACUGUCACUCCUGAAGGGAAGCUGAUUAAGAAAGAACCAAACUUGUUUCCAUCCUCACUGGUGAUGCCAGGGCUGGGAACCCUGGCCAGCACUAGUCAGAUCUACUCUGCCUGCAACCAGAUUUCCCAUCAGCCUGCGCAGGUGGGGCCUGGGAAGCAAGACACGCUCUCCUCGUGCUGGCAGCAGCUGUACUCCUCCUCUCCAGCCAGCAGCCUGCUCAGUGCCCACCCACAGAACAGCUUUGCAGCAGACGUCCCUCAGCCUGCUGCUCAGGGCAGCAGCUCUCUCCCAGCUUUCUGCAACAACCCUCUGAACUGGCCUGACGAGAAGGAUUCGGGUUUCUACCGGAAUUUCGGCAGCACAAACGGGAUGGGAGCAGUGACAGUGUCAGCUGCAGACAUGCAGAACGUUUCCAGUAACAGCGUCGUGCACCAGGCUCACCCCGUCAGCAUCUCCACAGCCAGCAUCAUGAACAUGGAGACCGAUGCCAUGAACUGCACUAGUAUAAACUUUGAGAAGUAUAAUCCGGUGUUAAAUACAAGCAACCACAGGCAGCAGCUCCAUCAGGUGCCUGGAGCAGCCCCGGGCAGCACGCCUCUUAAUUCGCAGUCUAAUUUAGCUGAUCCAGCAGUUUAUGGUUUUCUAGACCAAGAAGUUUUAAGUGAAUCAAGACUAUCCACCAACCCACUCCCAAACCAUCAGAAUAGCAUUGCAGAUAACCAGUUCUAUGACCCUGACGGUGUCCACACUGAUGAGCUCUAUCAGUCUUUCCCAUUUGAUAACAUACUACAAAACUAUAACCACUGA